CACUCUUUCACUUGGCAGUCAUUCCGACACACCAGCAGAAAGCGCCAGGUCCUGACAAACUGCUGCUUCAGUCACCAUGUCCCUGCACUGUCGGCUCAUUCUGGUGGUUUUCAUCGCUGUGACCUCAGCCGUCGAUCCUGGGGUAAAGGUCAAGCUAACAGCAAAAGGCCUUGAAUAUGGCAGACAACUGGGCAUGGCUUCAAUCCAGCAGAAACUCAAGUCCAUCAGAGUCCCAGAUAUGUCAGGGAAGCAGAGAGUGUCUCCCAUCGGCAAAGUCUCGUACAGCUUGUCAAAUAUGAGGAUAGUUAAUGUGGGAUUACCCACGUCUGCAGUGGAUCUUGUGCCGGGGACUGACGUCAAACUGUCCAUCGCUAACGCCUUCAUCAGUCUGCAUGGGAACUGGAGGGUCAAGUAUCUCUGGAGAAUAAAGGACAGCGGCUCAUUUGACCUGAAUGUAAAAGGACUCACUAUCACUACAAGCAUCGCCAUCAAGAGUGACGCGACAGGCCGGCCCACGGUCAGCAGUGUCUCCUGUGCGGCCACUGUAGGCAGCGCCAGCAUCAAAUUCCAUGGAGGAGCCAGUUGGCUGUACAAUCUUUUCAAGAAAUUCAUCAAUAAGGCUUUGAGAAAUGCCAUGCAGAAACAGAUCUGCCCUCUGGUGGCUGGUGCAGUAAAUGACUUGAACCCUCCUUUGAAAACUCUCAAUGUUGUAGCCAAGGUGGACCGGUAUGCAGAGAUCGAAUACUCCAUGGUGGCAUCGCCCACAGUUUCACAGGCUUCAAUAGACUUGAGCUUGAAGGGUGAGUUUUACAACAUAGGGAAGCAUCAGGAGGCUCCGUUCUCCCCAACAGCCUUUUCCCUGCCGCCCCAGAACAACAACAUGUUGUACAUAGGCAUGUCUGCCUACACUGUCAACUCUGCUGCCUUCGUCUACAACAAAGCUGGAGCCCUCAGCCUGUACAUCACUGACGACAUGAUCCCAAAAAGCUCUCUCAUCCGACUCAACACCAGGACGUUUGGAACGUUUAUUCCUCAGAUUUCCAAGAGUUUCCCUGGUCUGAUGAUGAAACUGCUGGUGGAGACUGUGAAAACUCCCGUCAUCACCUUUGUACCCACAAACGUCACCACUCAGGCCAGCUGCACAGUGACAGCCUACGCCAUCCAACCCAACACCAAACUUUCACCGCUCUUCAUCCUGAACUUGGAGAUCAGUGUCAGCGGCCAGGUGUUUGUCAGUGGCAUGAGGGUGGCUGGAGCUGUCUCCCUCAACAAAAUGGAUCUGACCCUGAGGACCAGUUACGUGGGAGAGUUUCAGGUCAGAUCCCUCGACAGCAUCCUGCAGAUGGUCCUCAGACUGGUGGUGAUACCCAAACUGAAUGUUCAACUUGCAAAGGGAUAUCCACUUCCUGCGAUUGGAAAGAUGAAGCUGGUGAACACUCAGCUUCAGAUCCUGAAGGACUACAUGCUGAUUGGGACAGAUGUUCAGUUUACAGCUUAAACUGCAUUCUUCAAAUCUCCAACGAUUGCUUUCUCUGCUGGUACAAAUAUGCUGAUCCAUGAUGUUUUUUUAAACCGGUUAAUAGAAUCUCCCCCCAUAAAAAUCAAAGCAUAUGGCAAAACAAUCUAUUUUUUUAAUACACAUGGUCCAAAAAAGUGUCGGUAUCCUGUGCAGUUCAAUAUGUACAUACACAUAGAUGGGCCGGUUUUACAAAUAACAUUGUAACGAAGAGAACUUCGUUCCCUGGAGCUGGAGAUGGGGUGGGGGAAUAUUGCACCAUACACUUUAAUAAUUGCACAGGCGUUGGUAAACAGUGCACUUUAUUGGUAUAUUUGCACACUUAAAAACAGUUAACCGUUAUUGAUUGGUGUUACAUUUGUUGUCCUUUGUGGGUCUGUGCUGGUGGGUUCUGUGGUGGCCACAUGCACCUGCAAAGAGAGGGACAUGAGUUAAGGUGCAAUAGUGUGUGUUUGUGCGUGUAAUGUUACUCACCAGUUAUUUUGUCUCCAGGGUGUUCGGGUAAAAGGCCUCCCCAGCAAACAAGCACCAUAUUUAUAGUUCCCGGGCCAUCCAAGUGGUGAUUAGUAUGGGUGUGGGAAGAUUAGGGUAUGUGAUUAUUGUAAGGUGUUGGAAUUGGGGAUGAAGGGGUGUUGGUAAAUAAAUGUGUGUGUUUGUGGGUAUAUAGUAGAAUGAUGGGGAUAAUGAUAAACAAAAAGGUGUUGUCAAAAGGAGAGCCUCGCAGCAUGGGGAAUGGUUUCUCCCUACUUAAUUAGGCCCCUAUAUAAGGGGCCAUUUCGUUGUCAGACCGUGAGCGUGGUCAUCCUAACAAACAUCUUACAGGUUUUAGUAGCUCAUCAGAGCAGUCCGGUGUGACCGUAAGAUGAACUAAAUAUCUGUGAUGUCCUCAAAUCAAAAGAAGGAGGAUCAUGUCAAGAGUUGGUUUCCUGUCACGUCACCUGAGUGGAUCAGUGGCAGGUUUCAAUCCUGGCCGUGUCCGAGGCCAUGAGUGCAUCGACCUGGUGCCUGGUCAGAGUCUCAUCCUGCUUCACCGAUCCUCCCAGGGAGCUGCCACUGAGGGCUCGUCCUUUCAGGCUCUGGGAGCUGGCCGACGAUAUCUACAUCAUUAAAGACACAAAUCAUCCAAACAUAAGUGACACAAUAAUGCCACUGACUGACAGAAAAUAUUUUAAUUUUCAUGCUGUCAUCUUUUACCUGGUCCAUUGAUUUCAUGGUUGAUAUACUUCUCAGAUAGACAUUGGUUUUAUAUGAUUCUAUUAAAGAUGUGCUUUAAACUUAA